AUGCUUUUUGUGUAUACCUCACCCUUUGCAGAAGGAAUUCCAUAUGUCAAUGUGGUGAUGUCUUCUCAAGACCUCAAUCUGCCGCCAGAAAAGGUGCUGCUGACCGCCACGGAUCUGGCAGACCUCGUCACUCGCGCAGCAAGGGCAAAUGUCGCCAUAUCUGAAACCGUAUCACAGCUCAGCUCCUCUCUUGAUGAGCUCAGUCAGACUGUCAACUCCUACAAUUUCAAAAGCAUAGCUCUCAGAAACAAAAUCUCCGCUUGCAUCAGUAAACUCCAACCACGUUUACAAGACGUUGCUAGCCUACCCAUUGUCCUUACUCAUCAAGAUUUGUCCCCAUAUAACUAUCUCAUUGAAGAAAAAACGGGUCGACUUCAAGCUGUGCUAGACUGGGAUGGUUCGAUAUACCUCCCGAUUGGGUCGAAUUUCCAUUUCAUGGAGAGUAUUUUCGGGUCCGUGACCAUAACGGGCUGGAAAGAUGCGACGGAUCGUCACAAGCUUGAGUUAGCCUUUUACGACCGGGUGCUGGAAAGACUCUCUAUUCAAGGGCACCGGGGAAUAACAAAAGAGCAACUGGAGCUACAAAAAGCUAUAGGCUCGUUAGUUUACGGUAUGAGGCGGCUGCUUGAACUCAAAAACGAAUGGUCAGAGCGUUAUCUUGACGUAUAUCUUCGGGGUUAUCUUUCAUGA